UUGAUUUUCAAAAGAUUAGUAAAACCCCGAUCUACCCCUCUUCGCUCUUUGGUUCUUUGCUUACUCUCUCCGUGUCCCAAACCCACAAACCAAAAAUCUCGAAGCAGCUGAUCGGUUGCAGUGGAAGCCAAAACCACAGCUCCAUCUCAGGACCUGGAGCAUUACAACAAUGUUCUUUCAGAAAUUUUCAUCAUAAAAGAGGUAAAUGUGCAGAUUUUGAGCUACCCAUUUAGAGUAAUGUUCAGAAGGUCAAAAAACCUUGCAUUACAUGUCAGAAAAAACCUGCAAUCUGUUUCCAAAACCCAUUUUUCAGUUUGCUCAUCUAAAUAUUAUUCCAAGAGCAAUCAAUCAGAGUCUGAAAAUGAAUGGGAGAGAUUACUCAAACCAUUUGACCUCGAUGAACUUCGAAAGUCAUUCAAUAAGAUUACUCCUUAUCAGCUUUGUAAAUUACUUGAAUUGCCACUUGAUGUUCCCACAUCUUUAAAGUUGUUUCAUUGGGCUGGUUCCCAGAAAGGCUACUGCCAUACAUUUGAUGUGUAUUAUGUUCUUAUCGAUAAACUUGGGGCAGCUAAGGAAUUUAAGGUCAUAGAUAGCUUAUUGAUGCAAAUGAAAGAAGAAGGGGUUGUUUUUAAAGAAUCCCUUUUCAUUUUGAUCAUGAAAUAUUAUGGAACAGCUGGUUUCCCUGGUCAGGCUACUAGGUUGUUGUUGGAUAUAAAGAGUGUUUAUUCUUGUGAACCAACAGUUAGGUCUUACAAUGUUGUCUUGGAUAUUCUGGUGGCUGGCAAUUGCCAUAAAGUUGCACCGAAUGUUUUCUAUGACAUGUUAAAUAAAGGUAUUUCUCCCAAUGUUUAUACAUUUGGUUUGGUUAUGAAAGCACUUUGUAUCGUUAAUGAAGUGGAUUCUGCUUGCUCGCUGCUUAGGGAUAUGACGAAACAUGGAUGUGUGCCAAAUUCAGUGGUUUACAAUACUUUGAUACAUGCAUUGUCAAAAAGCAACAGGGUUAAUGAGGCACUGAAACUUUUGGAGGAAAUGUUUCUGAUGGGUUGCAGUCCUGAUGUUCAGACUUUUAAUGAUGUUAUCCAUGGCCUCUGCAAGCUCUACCGUAUUCAUGAGGCAGUAAAAGUGGUUGAUCGGAUGCUUCUCCGGGGCUUCAUCCCUGAUGAAUUGACUUAUGGGUUCUUAAUGCAAGGGUUAUGCAAAACAGGCCAAGUUGAUGAAGCAAGGGCAUUAUUAGACAAAGUGCCCAGCCCAAACAUUGUUCUCUUCAAUACCUUGAUAAAUGGAUAUGUGGCAAGCGGACGGUUUGAUGAAGCUAAGGCUGUUGUGUAUGAUAUCAUGUUAAGUAUUGGCUGCAAGCCUGAUGUUUUUACAUUUAACAUUCUGAUUCAUGGACUUUGCAAGAAAGGAUGUCUAGGUUCAGCUCUUGAAUUGGUUAAUGAGAUGGAGGGCAAGGGAUGCAAGCCCAACGUGAUAACGUACUCAAUUUUGAUUGAUGGAUUAUGCAAGGAAGGUCGACUAUUGGAAGCUGGUGAUGUUCUGAAUGAAAUGUCUGCAAAAGAAGUCAGCCUGAAUACUGUGGGAUAUAAUACUCUGAUAAGUGCAUUAUGCAGGAAUGGGAAGAUUCAUGAAGCUCGGGAAAUGCUUGGUGAAAUGUCAAGCAAAGGAUGUAAGCCUGAUAUAUUUACCUUUAAUUCACUAAUAUUUGGUUUAUGCAAGGUCGAUCAAAUGGAAGCGGCUAUGGGACUGUAUCGUGAUAUGUUGGUUGUGGGUGUUAUUGCAAACAAAGUAACAUACAACACACUAAUUCAUGCUUUUCUGAGGAAUGGUGAGAUCCAAGAAGCGCUUAAGCUUGUAAAUGAAAUGUUAUUUAGAGGAUGCCUUCUUGAUGCAAUCACUUACAAUGGUCUGAUAAAGGCACUUUGCAAAGCUGGGGCAAUUGAUAAAGGCUUGGGAUUGUUUGAAGAAAUGAUAAGGAAGGGACUGGUUCCGAGUAGCAUUUCUUGUAAUAUAUUAAUCAAUGGCCUUUGUAAGGCCAGGAAGGUACAUAAUGCACUUGAGUUUCUAAGAGAAAUGAUUCAUCGAGGUUUGACGCCAGAUAUAGUAACUUAUAACAGCCUUAUAAAUGGUCUUUGCAAAGCUGGACGCAUAAGGGAGGCAUUGAGUCUGUUUGACAAAUUAAAAGUUGAAGGGAUUUAUCCUGAUGCUAUUACUUAUAAUACUUUGAUUAGUUGGCACUGCAAAGAGGGUGUGUUUGAUGAGGCCUGUUUACUUCUACAUAGAGGUGUGGAGUAUGGCUUUGUACCCAAUGAUGUGACUUGGUUUAUUUUGGUCAGCAACUGUGUCAAAGAAGGUCAAAAGGAGAGUUUUUCAUCUCCAUUUAAUGUGUAGAAAGAAAUUUAUGCUGUUGAAAGAUGGUGUCUUGUUUUGCCUUCAAGCUCGUUAAAGUAACAGAAAGAGUUGGCCUUCAAGUUGGUUCAGCCAAUGUCCAGAUUUCUUUCUUCCAUUUUAUGCAAAUGGGCAUAUGCUAUUUCCUGAUGGCUCUUAUGGGGUUUAAGUUGUCACUGCAAUUGGUUAGUAAAGGAAUGCUCUGAAAGAUAUCAAGUUGGAAUAUAUUGAAGCCUUGCAGCUUGUGAUGAAGAUGACUGAGUUGGUCUAUUUUGGGAUAGGGUGACUGCCACACUUCAGAUAGGUGUGCCUUCAUGAAAGGGAUCUCGACUGGGAUAUGCCAUUACACGUAUUGCUCUUAAGUUGAUGGCAUACUCAAAGAUGGGUUUUUUGGUAUGUGUAUAAUGACUUUGGAAUGGAAGUAUGUGCAGAAACAUAUUUUGAGCAACAUGCCUUUGCACAAGAGGAGCAGGAUCCUUGUGCUGUUCAGUGCUCUUAGCUUGGAAUUGCUGCUCAAGGCAAUAGUAUCCUGGCUUGGGAAAUUGUUCCAAUGCAAUUUUGGUUUCAUGAUAACAUUAGGGAAAACUCUUUAUGUAAAGGUAUAGUCAACAUAAGUUCACAAACCUGUAUAUGCAGGUUGAAGUUUCUCCAGGAAAAGGGAAGCCAUUCACAGUUUCCUUUGCUGUGUUUUAGCGUUUUGUUGUCCUUGACUAAGUAUCUUUUUUUUUUUUUUGAAGAUUCCUUGACUAAAUAUCUAUCAUGUGGAAGGUUCAGCAUUUUGACGAUAAGAUAUUUUUGUGAUCCAUUCCCUGUUGAAAAUAAUGAUAAUAAAAGAAGAAAAUAUGUUUGUCCCUUUAUGUCGGUAAAGUUGGGUCCAACACCAACAGUUCUGUUAAAAAAAUUGAAAGACUAGUGGAUGCAUUGGCUUCAUUGUUUUUGGCAUUUCACCUGGUUGGUGGUGCAUAAUGUUUCCUUUCAUUUCCUUGUAGACAUCCUUUUUAAUCUACUCCUUUGCUUUCUCUAUUACAAGGUAGAAAGUAGUUCCAUCCAAGUAAUUCUCUACUGCACCAUGAAAAAUAUAAUUCUGUAAUUUCUCUACUGGUUAAGUUUGACUAGUAUAAGGCCCAUCAUUUUUGUGGAUAUCAAUAUUUUUUGGAUAUAACUGUCCAACAGCUGGUUUAAUUCCCAGAAAUACCAAAUCUCCAGGCUUAGUUAGUCUACGGUAGUGGUCUUAUUACAUGCUUUAGUGCUGAUGAUCUUCCUUUCUCAUUUCAUUUCGAUCUUUUGUAGUUUGAUCCUGCAAAAUUGAGGAAGCUUAGAUUGAGCUUUAAGGAAGAUAGGGCAAGCUGUUACUGCUGGCAAUGCCUCAAGCAUUAACUCUUCUCUCAACCCCUUCACCCGUCAAAAAAAAAAAAACCAUUAGUCCUAAUUUCUUCUUCUUAAUGGAUUCAGGUACUUGCGGUCUUAUGAAAUUGAUUGCUGUUGCAUUCUACUCUUAUAUUGUUUGAAAGUAGAAAUUAUUCAA